UUUGGUCGUCAAGAUUGUCGUUCGUUGUACGUCGUCGUCGUUUGUGUGUGUUUUUUGUUUGGGUUUCUGUUUCGUGUGUGUCUCGUGUUAAUUUUAGAUUUAAUUCAUUUCAUUUCUGCGACUGGUGCAAACGGGUGAAGUUGUUUUUUGUAAGUGCGGAACAAGCGUCGAUAACAACGACCGACAACGACGAAAAAGUGUACAACAAAUGUUGUUUUUGCAUUGUGUUUUUUGUUUUUUUUUUUGGGUUUUUGAUUAAACAACAACAACCACAUACAUAUUAGCUGCAAAUCAAAUUUCUAUUAACAUCGUGAAAACAAGAAGCCGAAGGCAGUGAAAAAGUAUGCAAAAUUUUUAAUAGCAAAUUGAAAUAUCUUGUGAGUGAGUGAGUGAGUGAGAAAGAAGAAAAGGAAUAAUCUAUUGAAUAAAGGAAAAGAAUUAAAAUUAUAUUAUACACAAGAAAGAAAACGUACAUAUGUUGCCACCUUCUCCCCUUUCAACUCAUGUGUCAAUAAAACGUGUUUUAAUGGUAGUAUAUUUAACCCCUUUCAAGUGUAACACGAACCGUCAUCAUCAUCUGCCGAAACGUGUGUGAAACGUGAAAAAUUCUCUACAAAUUGCUUUGUCUCCGUUGACAUAUUGCAAAUAUCACGUUUUUGAAAAUCUAAAACCAAAAGUUUUUCUCUAAAAAGUUCUUUGAAAAAAAAAAGUGCAAAGUACAUGAAAGAAAAAACAAAUCGUAGAGUUUAAAAACCGGGCGGUGCCUCAUAAGCAAGCAAGCAAGAAAAAAAAUAAAACAUUAAUAAAUACAAAAAAAGAGCAACAGCUAAAAGAUAACAAAAAAAAAGCAAUAACAACACCAAAAGAUACGUGUCGUGGUACGUUGAAUAUUAAAUGCCAGCCAUAGCCAAGGAACAAGCCACUCUACACCGCCACCGCUGCUCCCAGAGCCAAUACCAUCACCGAUCGCCUGCCCGCCCGCUAGCCUGCCAGCCAGCCAGCGAGUCAGUCAGCAACAAUAAAACGCAUGGAAAAUUCCAAAAGUGAAAUAUUUCUACAAGUAAACAAGUUUUUGUUGUGCUGGGCUCUGACUCUGGCUGAGUAAGACAAAAACAGAAACCUAAAGACUAAAAAAAAGAGCAACAACGGCCAGCCAGGCAAGUUAUUCUCAUAGAUGAACGAACGAACGAAUGAGUGAACCAACAAACGAACAUUCACAUAAUAAUAAAAAAACAGCAACAACAAUACACUACAGCCAACAUGUACACAGAUACACACAAAGGCCUAUGCAUAUCUACCAUCGUCAUCAUCAUGUGUUGAGAAGCAGGAGAGUCGUGGGGUCGGUCAGGUGGUUAGUGUUGGGUUGGGGUGUAGAUUGGCCUGUCUUAUUGGAAUUAUAACACGAUCACGUUUUUGUUGAAGUGACAAAAAAACCGGUCAAAAAUACCAAAAUAAACAACCAAGUGUAUUUGUUUUGUUUCGAAAUUAUGUGUGAAUUUUUGUAAGACAUGAAAAAAAGCCAAGCAACGAACGAACGAAGCAAAACAUUGCCGUUACGAAGGAAUGAAUACAUAGCGGCAUAGACAGGGAUCGCCGCCGUAUUGGAUUUUGAUAAGAGUUUCACGACUUUAAGAAAUAUCUGGCAACACAAUGCAAACACUCGCGCGCAUACACACACACACACACACUCUCAUGCAUACUCACGGGAGAACAAUCAAAAGCAAUAGCAGCUCACUUCACAACAAAACGCAUAGCGGCACAGUAACGAAUUGUAUCGUUAACAUUGCCGUCGUUUUUUUGUAGUUUUGUUUUGGUCAAGUGUUGACUUGUUAUUGUUAUUGUUGUGUUUUGUUUUUCUCUUGUAGUAUUGCGGAUUGUUGUAACAGGCAUGUGAGAUUUUACAUAUGCCGAUGCUGGGAGUUCUAUGAUGUAAAAAACACCAAUAAAGUGAAUGGAAAAAACGGAAUUUGUGUUAUUCAAACAAGCAAAAAAUUCAUAAGAAAUUAAAAAAAUAAUUUUUGAGUUUCAUUAAGGAUCACUGAGAAGAAGAAGAGCAGAGAAAAAAUAAAUAAAAUCAUUUGGGAACCAAAGAAUGAACUUAGAAAAAUACCAGUGAAAAAUAUUUAGAGAAGGUUAUAAACAAAAAAUAUCAAGGAAAAAUAUAUUUAAACAAAAACCAAAUGUUUGUACUGAAAUUAAGAAAGAAAAGCAUUUGAAUAAUAAAACCAAAAAAAUUAUUAAAAGAGCUAUAAAAAAUAUUUUCAUAAAACGUAUUUUAAAACUAAAUGAAACCCAUUCCUUUGACUACCAAAUAAGUUAAAAAAAACCAAAAUAAAUCUAAUGAUUGUGUUACCUUAGUGAAACAACAAAGAAAAUAAUCUUUAAAAAAAAUUGCAUUUAGUGAUAAAGGAAAAAUCCCCGCUAUACAAAAAAAAUGUGAGAAUUUGCCAAGUGAGAUUAAAAAAAAGAAAUGUUUUGUUAUGUUUUCAAAUAUAAGAUCUAACAAGUCACUCAAAACAAACGUGAAAGUGUUGAUUAUCAACAAUAGCAAGAAACCGCAUAUAUAUUUUUGGAUAUUACUAUAAAAUAAAAAACAAAAAGCCGAAAAAACGAAAGUAAAACAACCCACCCAAACAAAAAAACAAUUGUUUUGUUUUUUUUUAUACAAUACAUUGAGCCACAACAAGUCAAAGGGAUUACUUUUUCUUCUUCCCCAAAACAAUCAACUUUCAUACUUUAUGCACUGUUUUGUAGCCACACAAUCGUUAACUGAGAUAUGACUUCCUUUUUGUAAAACAGCGCGGUCUUUGUAUACAUUCGUCACCAGCAACAACCUGUUGUGGUGUAUUUGUGACACAUCUCAAAAUAUAAAAUAAGAAAGAGAAAAAAACAAUACCAAAAGAAUAAAAGCCAUUACAAACAGGAAACAAAGAAAUCCCACCUAAAAACAAAAGAAUUUGUAAUAAUUUAUAUCAAUUCUUAAAUAUAAAAAAAAAAUAAAUAAAUAAAAUCAGCAUUCCAUUUCAACAAUUAAAUAAAUUGUUUAAAUUACAAAAAACACUUUAAGCAAUUGUUAAAAUUUGCAACUAAGGCAUUGUAAUCUACGCCUUCAUUUGAAUUCCCCUUCAAAAGUGUCCCUACAAACAGCAUCAUCAUUAACGGGGCCAACAUUAACAGAGGCCGUAGUAGCAGCAAUAGCAGCAGCAGCAGACGCCCAACAAAAAUUAAAAACGAAAUUAUGGAACCCUACUGGGGUGAUGCUAAUGGACAUGCUCCGCAUUCUGUUAAAUAUGAGAACGAUGCAGCCGUCUCCAGUUUUCCAUAUUGUACAGAAUCUAGCUUAAAUUUCUCCACAAAUGCCACAGGAUACAGUGAGGAUGAUGCAGAAUAUGCCACCGGAAGACGUAACAAAACUUCGAGGCAAGAUCCUCUGUCACAUCGUAUUAUUGAAAAAAGACGAAGAGAUCGGAUGAAUUCAUGUUUGGCCGAUUUGUCACGCCUUAUCCCACCGCAAUAUCAACGUAAAGGUCGUGGACGCAUUGAAAAAACAGAAAUCAUCGAAAUGGCCAUACGGCAUUUAAAACACCUACAGUCUGAGUGCAUGCAAAAGGAAAAUGAAUAUCGCAUGGGCUAUACAGAUUGUAUGAAGGAAGCGGCCAAAUUUCUCUACGACAGUCAAAUGCAGGAGUUCUGCUAUCGCCUUUUGGCAAGACUGCAGGAGCAUUGUGAGGAAGUUGUGAAAAAUGACUGUUUUCGUAGCCGCAGUUGUCAUGCCACCGCGGAUAACAUUAGUGCUUCCAGUGGUAGUCCACAUCAAACUUUUCAUGCGGUGCCUCCCUUGUGCCAAUUACGUGAUAUGCUGAGCACCACUUCAGACAUUGAGCACAGCAAUGAUCACAACGAUGUCAAAGAUCUCAGUUUCCGCAACCAAUUAACUCACUUGCAGCGCAACCAUGUCACAGCCAACCAAAUGGACAGUAACACCAAUGAGGCACAUCACAAUGGCGGCGGCAAUAAUGGCAGCACCAAUGCAUCCGCCUCUACCACCACCGCCACUGGCGCAGCCACUAGUGGCGGCGGCAGCAGCAGCAGCAGCGGUGUUGCCAACAACAGCAGCAACACCAAUGUGAUAAGUAACUCUGCAGCAUCCUCCUCGGGAUCGGUAAUCACUUCAAAUAAUGCCACAAGUUCGACGGGGCCAGCGGGAAAGAAUGCUGGCAGUUCGGGUGCAGCCAUCAGUUCGUCAGCCCAGCAGCCUCAUCAGGCACCGGUUAUUACCUCCACAGCUCCUGCUUCGCUGCAUCAUCACACCGAUUCCAGUAACCAUGACUUUGACUCAUCGCGUGAACCCAUCUUGCAUACAGACACCUCCAAUAUGCAUUCACCACCACCCCGCGAUACCCUACUGGGUCAUGGCCACCAUCUGCAUCACCACCACCACCAUCAUCAUCAUCCGGCCCAUAUGGCUGCCCAUCUACAUCACCAUCAUCAGUCAGAUGAUUUGUUGCAAGGACGUCUGCGUAAUUUCUCCGAAUCGUCUCAUGAUAUUGAGCACAACAACAACUACAAGUACAAAAAUCACAUCAAAGAACGUUUCAACCAUGAGCUGCACGAUGAGGAAACCUCUAGUGAACACUGUCCCGCCCCACCGCUGCUGCAGAGUGAGAACCUACAUGCCCAUUCCGAUCACUCCAAGGAUGGCACAGAACCCGAAAUAGCCCCCAUCAUGGCCAAAAAGCGCAAAAUGGCCGCCGAAGCUGCAAAUACCCAUUGCGAGAAUACCGUGGACGAUGCCGAUCUAAGAAUACCGGCCAGCACCACCCAAAGGGCAAUCAGCAGUGCAGCAGGUGCCCUGCUGCCUUCAAGCAUUCGGGAGGACAAACCCUUUACUCCCUUUAGCGAAAUCAAAACCGAAGUCUCUGCCACAGGGUCAACGAUAAAGAGCAAUGUCAGCGCUCCAACCAGUACAACUGCCCCACUGCCAACACGUAGUUUUGCUGUGCCCAUUUUUGCUCUGCACAGCCAUGGCACCUACUAUGUGCCACUGAAUGUGGACUACAAUAUCUUGAUACCGUUCCUUAAUGGCAUCGAUUUGUUGGAAAAGAAUUUCACCAAUAUGCCCGUAGUACAUCCGAUUAACAUAAAUGUCAACUUUAUGCCCUCCUCCUCAUCGGCCUCCCUGUUGGCGGCGGCAGCAGCGGCGGUGGUGGCCAGUAAACAACAGCAGCAGCAACAACACCCACCGGUUUUGAACGGCACUUCGGUGUCGGCGGCAAUGACCAAGGCCAAAUUGGAAGCCAUCACAAAUGCCGCCAAUGGUUGGUAAGCCCCCAGCCCCUGCACCACCACACAACAUUAUCACCACCGAUGAUGAUAUCGAAUAAUUCCCAGAAUUUAUCAAAUGCGUCGUAAUCAAAAACGGAAUUUUACAAUUUUGAUUUUGAUCAAAACAAAAUGAAAUGAAAAACAAAAACAACUCAAAACAAAAGGAAUUUUUUGCAUGUUUCGUUAUACAAGGAAUCAUGGAAUUACAUAGUCUAGCAUCCUUGGACUUGAAUCCUUGAAGCAACGAACUUGAAAACAGCACACACACACACACACACAAACACAUCUAAGCCACAUUUGUGCCACGCGAGAGUAUUUACAUGCCACAACAAAUGGAUUUGUUAACAGUACACCUGAUGUCUGCCAGCGCGCGCGUUUGUGUGGGUGAGUGAGUAAGUGGCAAAGGUGUUUAUGGAACAACUACCUCAGAAUUCUGUGAAAAAUAAUCAUAUAAUGGUUUUAUAGCUAGAAUCUAAAGGUAUACCAGCAACCUCUAAAACAAAAACAAAACAAAACAAAAAACACAACAGACCUACAUCAACCCACAAUUUGAAUCGACAUAGCAGAGAGGGGGGCAACCCUAUUUCUACAACUUUGACUUUGUUAUGGAACUGGGGACAAAUGAAAAAGUUCAUCUGCUACCUUUUUGUUCUAAAAUUGAAGUUAAAUUUUACAGAGUUUUCACUUAAAAUGUUUCAGUUCUUUGUGG